AUGCCCACUUCCUCCCCGCUAACCAUAGCUACCAACUCGGUAACGCGCUUGCUCAAGGAGGAAGAAUAUUAUCGCAAGGAUCAUGACGCGCAGCAGAGUCAGCUUGAAGAGCUUAAAAGGGGCCAGUCCAAUGUAGAUGUUGAUGGGAAUCAAGCUUUCAUGUUGAAACAAAGGGAAUUGUCUCUGAACAUCUCCGACGUUUUAAACAUUCGGACUCCUUUUGAAACCGCUUUCAAAGAGACGCAGAAGGUUCUGAAGAGGCAGCCAGAGAACAUCAGAACUGCUAAGGAAAAGCUUGAACGAGCUCUAGCAAACACGAACACAUCGCAUGCUAGUCAAGCUGAAGUGGAGAAGGCGAAGGAGGCUCUCUCCAAGGCCACUGCGGUACUUGUUAAGGGGGAGUACGACGAUGAAGGCGAUCAAUGA